GUAUCAGCCCCUUUAAGUGGGAGCCCCCUCUCUAUGGCUUACUCUUCAAGAGGGGUUCUUCUUGAUAUACAUCAGAAACAUAUAUAUCAGCCCCGUGUACGUGCAAAUAACUCAUCAAAUUAGUUUGUCUUAGAAGACCUUAAUUGUCCUCUUUCUACUUGCCACUUAAUUGCACUUUAAUAUUCUUCGUCCUCUUAAUAUGACCAGCAUCACCAAGCACCUAAACAGGUUAUUAAGCCUCAAGUGGGUUCGCAAGUACCUCCACAAGGGCAGCACUACAAGCCUACAUACAGAGGAUAGCUCGCAGAAGUACCCCUGCCAAUGCUCUGAAUAUAAGGUCAUCGGAUCAGUUAGUUCUAACAGAUCUUCACCUGGGACUGUUAACGACCAAACCGAACCUGUGAGCUCCUAUGAGGAGACCUAUCAGUACCACCAACCCUCCGAUACAAUCUGGGAAAACCCCAUAGCUGGCCCUGAGGAGACCAACAAAGGCAUCAAUCCCCGCCUCCAAAAGCAACACCCUGCCUUUCUAUCCCCUGCCCAACUUAAAUUGCUGGAACCACCAUUACCACCACCCCAGAAUAAGCCGCUUCCUAAAAUCCCAACACAAGGUCGACCCCGUAAUAUGCCAGACAGGGUUGGUCAAAAGGUACAAGAUCCUGGACCUCCUCCUCAGAACUUGUCAAAUACUAUAAGAAAAACUACAACAACCUACUCCCCCUUCCCAAAGCUUGCUAUAAUACCUCCUCCAAGGAGUUCAUCACUUCAACAUUUAUUACAGCCGUAUGAGAAAACCUACAGAUCACAGAGAUUACCUUACGCCAAUACCACUGUCAACAAGCAACUUCAUUGUCAUGCCGCUGAACUCUAUCAAGGCACCUCUAUGGAGAGGGAGAAUACUGUCAACAAGCUCCGCGAUGUACCUAUUGAAGAGCUCUUGCCACGGGUCACCAGGAGCCCUUCACUUCAGAAAAGGGUUAUAAGGUCUGAAAUUGCACCUUGUGAAGGGCGAGUCUCUAUUGCCUUGAGAAGUAGUAGAUCAGUAAACUACCUUUCUAUGCAUAAAUCCGAACCUUGUCCCAGGUUUACCAAGAAAUCGGUGCCGAAUCUUCGGAGAGCAGCCAAAUAUGACUCUCUGUAGCUUCACCAAUAUCCACAGGACCCUGGGUCUCAGACUCGCGCAGCCUUAUUAGGUUGAUACUCCUAUGCGAUCUGACUGUGACGCCGAUGAGGAGGAUAAACAUAGUCGCUUCGAUUUUCUCCGCGUUUAAAGACAUAAAAGCAGCAAAGGCCUGCAGGGAUUAAGCAAGAUCGUUUAAGCUUCAAAGGGUGCCAUGCCAAGAGUGACUAAAUACUAAAAUCGGGUCUAUGAAUAAUCUUUAUUCUAUAAGUGUUUUAGAUUGCAGUUGGAUUUAUUCAUAAUAAUUGCAUUUUAUAUAAGGUUAGGAUAGGGUUAGGAUAGAGUUAAGAUUUAACUAUUUAAGCUAGUCUGCUUUAGGGGUUUUCUUUUAUACUUAUUUAAUAUUAAUAUUUAUUAAACUUUAAGUAUUAUUU